UAUCCGGAAUAGCCUAAGUGAUAACAUGUAACGAUUCCGUCAAGGUUCGGAUAGUUCUCAAGAGUGAAGCAGUGAGUGAGCAGCGAAAAUCCAAAUAUAGCCACGAUGUAUCUGGUGACACAUAUUUUCCAAAUAUGUAUGCUUUGGGGGAGCUGCAUCUUAAUCUCCAAUUUGAAAGUGGCAGAAGCUUUACCCAUCAUUUCCAGAGAAGAAAUUCUCCACCAUAUUGAAAUACCUGAUCAACAUGACCCACUGCGAAAAUUCGAAAAAUCAGAGCGAACGGAUCCUUUAAGACAAAGUAUAACGUCUCACAUAUUUCUUCACCACAUUGUUCGGUGCAGAGUUCCACAAUCAUCAUAUUCGUAUGUUCCCCCUAUCAACGAGACAAUGGUGGUGGAUGUUAGUCAUUUACCCAACCCACCCACAGAAUUGCCCCCACCAGCAUUACUAACUUUGUCAAAGGACACUUAAAUAAUACAUCGCGAGGAGGUUUUUACGACUUACUGAUAUUAUCAAUUACUAUUAGAUACCAUUUUAAACAGCUCUGAUUCUAUUCUAUGAAUUUUUAAAAUGAGAAAAAAAAUUUUAAAUGUUGCAAAACGAUAUAGGAGGAGUUUUGCAAGUACUUGUAAUAUUGAGAAGUGGCAAUUUUUUUCUAAUAUUACCUGCUUAAAAAGUUUCACACAGACUUUGAUAGCUCAUAGUUUAUGAUAACGACCAAAUUCGUUAAAGGGGUAUAAUAUUGUUUACCAAGUUGAUAUUUAAAAGAUGUUUCUUGAACGAAAAGCACAACUACAUUAAUAUUUAUACAAAGAUUUUUAGCAUACCUCAUAUAUAUAUAUAUGCGUUUUGCAACAUUUAUUUUUUUCUAUAUAUAUAUACACACAAUCUAAAUACAAAAAAGAACAGAAGGCUGCACUGUAUGAUCCAAAUAUUGCGAUAAACGGUUUAUAAGAUUUUUUUAAAGAAUAUUUAUAUUGGAACCAAAUUUCCACACCACAUAUAUUCUGUAAAAAUACCAUUGAUCGUUGUAAAGAUAAAUACCAUAUGUGAAAAUUGUAACGUUAGCUUAAGUUUAUGAGAUAUAUAGUAUACUGUGUAAUUUAGAUAAUUAGACAAUUUUACGUACAUUAUUUCAUUCAUAAUCCAAUGUUCUUAUCGUGAGAAAAUAAAUAUGUUCAUAACUAUACAAAAUCAGGAUAUUAAUAAAUUCAAUAUAAUGUUUAUUUAUAUAUUAAUUUACAUUAAUAAUCUAUAAACAUCUAAACACCAACUUCGAGUUAUAUUACUUUCUCUAGUGGAUUGAGACUAGAGGUGAUUUCUGGUAAGAAAGAGACCUGCCAAUGGCCUGAGGGGCGUGGGGAGAUACGGGCAGAUGGGAACCCUCGGCGUGGAACCCUGUGUCAUCGGCAUAGUAGCGGGUGGCAAUGGGGGUUCCAUCCGGUGAGGUGUAGGCGAACUGUCCGUGGAUCAUCUGUGACUCAGCUACAGUACCAGGGUUCUUCAGGUACCCUUGUGCUUGUGCGGAUAUGCCAUUCUCGGUCUGAAAACUUAAUUGAAAAGAAAAAUGUUAACGAAAAAUUACUAAAUACAGAGCAAAUAAUUUUAUAUACAUACAAUUAUUGACAUACAAGGUCGCAAUAAGAAUCUGGUAAGCAGUAUUAUGAAAGACGAAUUAUUAUUUUACUCAGCUAGUUAAUAAUUAUUGUUAUUUAUUUUACAUUCUAAAAUCAAACAAAAAGUAUUAAUAGAUCAUUAAAUGACCUUAACACUAUAAAAAUUGCCAUACUAGAGUGUAUUUUAUUUGUUUAAUGUACUAGAUUUCUGCAAAACAAAAGCUAUUUCUUGUCGCUUAUAUGUGAAUCAGUAAAAGGUAUUAUAAGAUUAUAAUGCCAUACCAUAACGAUAUUACUCUACUGUCCCGAUAAUACCCGUAUUGUAAAAAUAUAAUGCUCCAAAAACCGCUUUGCUUAUGAAGUUGGGUGUUUAAUAACAGGAACUUUUCAAUCGUCAAGAAAUAUAAAAAUUCUACAUUUUUAUAGUCUCUAAAACAUAGUAGCCUACUUACUCAUAACUAAAUGAGCCGUCAAAGUUGUUGUCUUGACUUUGUCUGAGAAUAGCUGCCGGUCUCGCAUAUUGUCUGCUGUACACUGGCUGUGAGACUUGUACUGGUGCCUGAUACCGAGGAGUAUAGGUGCUUACUGGAGUUGCUACGUAGCCACUGGUAGAGGCCGGGUACUGUGGGGUGGAAUAGACCGGAGCCGGGAGCUGGAGUGCGGGAACGACCGCUGGUACAACUCGCGCUGGGUAGACAUGCUGCACGGGAACCUGGGGGAGAGCCGAGUAGCUCAGGAGAGAAGCCUGUACAGGAUGGUAUUGUCCGUGGUGAGCAGAAACAGCUCCGCACACAAACAAGAGAACAAUC